AUGUUAAUGCUAUUACUCAUCGCAAUACUUAUUCAAAUCAUCUCACUCUGGGCCGUUUUCUUUUUUGCACUUCAUCGAACAGUCGGAAGUAUCACUACGAUUGUCAUUGCAAUUCUGAGCGCUGUGAUCAGCCCGUGGUCUCUCAUCCUUGGUCUUCCGCUUAUUCUCAUCAGUUUAGUGUUACUGAUUGAACCACUGCGAAUGCAAGUUUUGACUAAACCGGCCUAUAAAACAUUAGCCAAUGCAAUGCCAAGCAUGAGUACCACUGAACGUGAAGCAUUGGAUGCGGGUACCAGUUGGUGGGAAAAAGAAUUAUUUAUGGGGGCGCCAGAUUGGGAAAAAUUUAACAAUUAUCCCUACCCGACGCUUAGUAAUGAAGAGCAAUCUUUUUUAGAUCAUGAGGUUGAACAACUCUGUCAGUUGCUAGAUGAAUGGGAAAUUCAUCAAAAUAAAGACCUGAAUGCAGAGACAUGGCAAUUUAUUAAAGACAAUGGCUUUUUUGGACUCAUUAUCCCUAAAACUUAUGGUGGUCGUGAAUUUAGCUCUUUUGCACAAAGUCGCAUUAUGAGCAAAAUUGCUUCACGUUCUUUAACCACCGCUGUAACCUGUAUGGUGCCUAACUCAUUAGGACCAGGUGAGCUCUUACUGAAUUAUGGUACAGACGAACAAAAAAAUCGUUAUUUGCCCGGCUUAGCCAAGGGUGAGGAAAUUCCUUGUUUUGGACUCACCAGUCCUGAAGCGGGUUCUGAUGCUGGGGCGAUUCCAGAUACUGGCGUGGUUUGUUAUGGAGAAUUCGAAGGUCAACAAGUGCUUGGCUUAAAGAUGAAUUUCUCAAAACGCUGGAUUACCCUAGCACCCGUUGCAACAGUAGUCGGUCUCGCCUUCAAACUGUAUGACCCAGAUGGCUUAUUGGGAGAUAAAACUAAAACUGAGUAUGGCAUUACCUGUGCACUUAUACCCGCCUCUCAUGCAGGCGUAGAGGUUGGACCAAGGCACCAUCCGGGUGGUUCCCCAUUUAUGAAUGGUACAGUCGAAGGUAAAGAUGUCUUUAUUCCGCUUGACUGGAUUAUUGGUGGCGCAAAAAAUGCGGGGAAUGGCUGGCGUAUGCUGAUGGAAUGUCUGGCUGUUGGACGUGGUAUUUCACUUCCUGCACUUUCUACAGCCGCAGGUGAAAUGACGUAUUUAUCUGUAGGUGCAUUUGCUAAAAUCCGUCAACAAUUUAAAUUAUCAGUAGGUAAAUUUGAAGGGGUGCAAGAAGUUAGUAGUGACAUCGUCAGCCAUACCUAUAUGUUGGAAGCUUUUCGCUAUUUAGUCACUUGCGGUUUAAAUCAAGGUGGUAAACCCGCUGUUAUGACCGCGAUGGCAAAAUACUAUGCCACUGAAACGAUGCGAAAAAUCGUCAAUCAUGGUAUGGACAUCACUGGUGGUCGUGGUAUUCAACAAGGUCCGCGUAACUUUCUUGCCAAUAUGUAUCAAGCCAUUCCGAUCUCGAUAACGGUUGAAGGGGCAAAUAUCUUAAGCCGUUCGUUGAUGAUCUUUGGUCAAGGUUCGAUGCGUUGCCAUCCUUAUUUAUUUGAGGAAUUACAACUGUUACAGGCCGAAGAUAAAGCCUCUGCCUUAAAUACAUUUAACACCAUGUUAUAUCAACAUUUAGGCUACACCUUAAACCGUGGCGCGCGUGCAUUCACUUAUGGAUGGUUUGGGGCAAGUAGUCAACGACCUGACUCAUCAGAUGCUUUUACUCAACCUUAUUAUAAAAUCAUCAAUCGAUUCAGUACUGACUUCGCCCUAACCGCAGAUAUGUGUCUUGGACUGUUAGCUGGUGAUAUUAAACGUAAAGAAAUGCUCUCAGGGCGAUUAGCUGAUAUUCACUCCAAAAUGUUUAUUGCAACAGCCAUUCUCAAAUUUUAUGAAAAUGGUCAAAGAUCCUCGCAAGAACAAAUACAUGCCAAACUCGCAUUGGACGAAACGCUUUAUGAUGCCCAAGAAGCAUUUUAUGGCUUAUUUGAUAAUUUUCCGAUUCAAAUUGCAGCAAGUCUGGUUAAAUUUGUUUGUUUCCCAUUUGGUCGACCGAUCAAGAAACCGAACGAUCGUCAAAAGAGUGAAGCAGCGGAACUGCUCAUGCAAGAUAAUCCGUUCCGAGAUUAUUUAAAAACGCAGGUUUAUUAUACUGUUGAUCCGAAUGAUGCUUUUGGACGAAUGGAAGCCACCUUUAAUCUACUCACAACCGUUGAAGACGAUUGGAACCGCUUUAAAAAAGCAGAAUCUAAAGGUGAAUAUCAAGGGCUAACAUUUGAAGAGCGCAUACAGGAUGCAGUCACUCGUGGCUUAAUCAGCGAUGAUUUAGCCACAAAAUUAACCCAAUAUAAUGCACUUCGUUAUGACAGUAUGCUCACAGAUAUUUUUGAUGAAAAAUUAGAGCAGGUGUUGACGAUGUCUCAACAAGAUUAUGAAAAUGGCUUAAAAGUCCGUACAGAAGUGAUGGGAGAAAGCUUUGUAAAACGCGCUCAAGACAAUACUGUUGCUUUUACAAGACCUUUGCAAGACUGGAUCAAUGAGCAUGCAUGGGGUUCAACUUGGCAACGUGAGGGUGUUUUACCACGUAAAUACCGCUCUUUGAUUACCAUUGCAUUUUUAGUUGCACAAAAAAGCCCAACCGAACUAAAAGGUCAUAUUCGUGGUGCAUUGAAUAAUGGCGCAACAGUUGAAGAAAUUCAGGAAGUGUUAUUACACAGUUUACCUUACUGUGGCGCACCCACAACCCAAGAAGCAUUUCGUGCAGCGCUUGAAGUCAUCAAUGAAUACCAAAAAGAAUCAUAG